AGACCAAAUAGUUUACAAAAGGAAUUGACAUCGAGAAGGUAUCGAUCAGAGAGAAAGAAGAAAAAAAUACUUACAAACAUUGUUAGCAAACGUUUGUGUUGCCUUUUGAAUAUUAGGGGCACCUUGGAAGCACCUGCACGUGAAAACACAUCGUCCAAAAGGAUUCCAGGAGACAAUGAGAGGGCUAAUUUUUUUGGUGUGUGUAUGUGUGGCAUGGGGUGCCCCGAUGGGCAACAAAGGUAAGGAGGACGGACUGGAAUCGAUCCAGAACACGGAGAAAGAGAUCGAAGAAUUGGCGGAUCUAGCGGCGGAGUCCGGUUCACAGGACGUCGGGUUCGAGACACAGAAGGAAUAUUCCUUCCAUAACAUCAAUGGUCACGUGGACAAUAAAGCGAAGACAGAAAACAAAGUUUUCAACCCAAAGACGGGUAAAGUAAUCUCCGACUUGCAGCAAGAGACUUUAGGAGACGAUGCCAGCAGAAUGAAAACGAAACUAGACAUUCCGGCAGCAAAUGUUCACCAGAGUGUGAUUAGUGAAAACAAAGAAGAUCAAACGGACAACGAUUACUCCAAGGUCUUUAAGUUCACGCCUGCCGCCGUAGCCGAGUACCUGUUUAGGUCUGGAGAAUUUGAAGAACUGGAAGAGGCAUUGGCGGAUCUAGUGAACUCAUCCAUUAUGACACAACAACAGGCGGACACAUAUAGGGAGGAUGUGAGGAAGGAAUACAACGUCCUCGUACAACAGGCUGCUGCAUCCAAUAUGGCCGCCACCAUGAACCUGCCCAGAGGUGAACAGAAUGAACGAUUUCUCAGUGACUAUUCAACUCUGAACGACAUCUACAGCAUGUUUGGAUACAAGGAUGUCAUCCCUCACCUAGGCAUCGACGAACUACAGAGUAAAGACAUUAUGAGAAUUGCGUUAUCUCGGGCUACGUCUUUGAUCGAGGUCAUCCGAGCGCUUAUGGACGAAUGGCUCACCAAAGCUACCAUUACAGGUGAUCCCGAUGCUGCAAACUUGUUAAGUGACAUUCUCAGACACGUCUCCCAGGACUCAAACCCGGACGACCUGUCUCAAAUGAGAGAGAUUCUGUACGAUAUUUUUGCCAAUGAAGUUUUGAACAGUCUUGAAAAGCGACCUCUAGGAGAUUACGAAGAUCUGAACGAGACUUUGAACGAGAUUCCAUCAGGAAAAAGUGAAAAUGAAAAACAAGAAACUGUGGAAAAACAAGACAAAAUCGACGAGAAAGUAAAAACACAGGAGCCAAACACGAAGACAGAAAAGGAAAACCGAGAAGAGAAAGAAACAAAUGCGAAGAAUUUGAAGAUGUGAAAUGUGAAAGAUGUUGUUGAAAGUAAAACGGUUGAUAUCUUAAGUAGCAGUCCGUGUGUGUUAAACGUGCGAUAUGAACAAAAUUAAACUAUUUUAAUACAUAGAGGGUUGAUAACUAUUUUGUUACCCAAUAAUGUUAAUAACUCUGUAUUUUAUGGUAGACUACAGCAAAUAUAUUUGGCAUUUAUCUCUGAGAAUAUAUUUCAUCAUCUUAUGUGGGGAAAAAAACCCCAAACCAAUGUACAAUAUUUAUUAUGGAUUUCAAAGUGAACACCAAUAUUACUACUUGAAUGAAUAGGUUAAGGAGGCAACCAAAACAAAAACAAAAACAACAACAGAUGUUUGAAGAGUAUACCACGUGAUUUCUUUCUUGCAUGAUACGUCACUGCUUGACUGCUACUUAGAUAAAUUAAUGAUCUUUUAUUAAUUUGUGGCGCUUCUUUGUACAGAAAAAGACCCAAUGAGGCGUAUUGAGUUCCUGUAUAUAAUAACAGCGAGAAAUAUAUAUUACUUUUAUUGCACAAUAUCCAGAUAACAACGUUUGCUGAUGGAGCGGUUUAUUGCGUAACAUUUUAGAAAAGUUUAUGUGUAACUACUUAUAUUGUGAUGUUUUUAUGGACAUCCCCACGUAAUGCAGGAAUCAUGUUUUGUAUAUUGAAUAACGUAACAAACAAGAAAAUGAUAAAUUUAUAAUUAUGAAAAUCGGAAAAUGCAUCCAUCGGAUCACUUGUUAUAUCUAAAGCUACUGAGAUGGAGAACAUGGAUUCUGUUAAUGUGCUUGUUCAAUUAUUUUUGUCGUGCAACAGUUCAAUAGAAAUUUGCUAGAAUUUCCCCCACAACACACGAAGUAUAUAGUUAUGAGAAACACGAGCGGCGACAGCCAGGUAGAAAUCAAUUUUGCCGUAAUCCUCCUCCAUACACAAUUAAGACACAUGGAGUGUCCCUUCUGUAAAACCGCGUUGUACUGUAGAUGGGUACUUUACUAUAAUUAUGUUCAGCUAGUAAGUAAUAUAUACAGUUAUUUUCGCCCCGUGAAUUCAUUCGCGAUGUUUGUUAAUUUCGGAUGAUCAAAAAUUUAUAUCUAGCACAUCAAACAUUACGGCGGAAUUGUCACGUAAAUUUCGGAACGAGAUGUUAAUGAAUUUUACGCACAUACUGUAAAUUUUGUAGUCCCCCGUACGAUUGCACUCGCAAUUUCACGAUUAGACCCACAGACGGAAAUUUUACCAAAUCAAAUUUUCUCUUAACAUAUGGAAUUGACAGUAUUUCAAACAUGCAGAGGAAAGGUGAAUUAUGAGCUAGAUGAGAUCUUUUUGACAUGUUUUAAUAUUUCAGAGAAAAAAGUUGUCAUAAUGAACGACUUUUCUCGAUUCCGGCUAUGUUUGAUGAGUCAAAGGUUAAUAAUAAGUCAAACGGUCAUUAUUUUAAGUCGGUAACAUUUCUGUGAUCAGAGUGUAGCAUUUUGUGCAAUAUACCAGCUUAUCUUUUAAGUCCGUGUACUUCACAAUCAUAACAACUAUCCAUUUACGCAUUUUGGAAUUUAGAUGUAUACCCAAAUGAAAAACAAAAUGUUUUAUCGUAUAUUAUAGCUGUUUACACAGCUUUGGGGCUAGAACACUAAUAUUGAAGCACUGUUAAUCUCAGUACAUGCACAUUAGAAAAUCAGACAGACUAAUACACGCGAUCAGGUAUUGGACUUUCCAUCAAUCAUCUUAAUUUUUUUCUGGGUUCCACCAGUCCCUUAAUCUUACUGUCGUUCCAAUAAAAGCGUGUCAUUUGGCUUGAUCGAGCGUGGAGAUUUCAUUGAAUGGCUAUGUGGUUUGAAUAAAAAUGAUUUUGAAUGACCACGCUAUGUCAAUCGUUCAAUGUGAUUGGUAACUGAGAACGGAAGUAAAACAUAUUUCAUGGAAAUCUAUGACAAGCCUCGUCCAAACAUUUCCUCGCUCGAUUAACUAAGUGACACGCUGUCACUGGAAUGGUAGUAGAUUCCAUGCAUUGUUGUACAGCGAAAAAAUAAUAUACGAAAAAAAAAACAAAAAAAAACUACUAACUACUUAUUUCAAUUCAGCUUUUUUUUUUUACACCCCCCCCUCUUCCUUUUAAAUCAAUUUAUGCGCACAUAUCACAUUUAAGAGAAAGUACGCUUUUUUAUGCUUGAUGUUCUUUAAUGUUAUUAAAAAGAGUAUGGUUUUAGGAAGUAAGUAAAAAGAUAAUAAAUCAUUUGAAUAUGUACAACAUUAAACAUGUUCCGACAGUGCGUUAUUUAAAAUGAUAAUAAUUUGGUUGAGUAUUAAUGCUUAUGAUGGCAAACAAUCUGAAAUGCUAUUUUUGACUGGUGUAGAUAAAGAGAUUGUUUCUGUAUUUUUAUAUGAAACUGCACAGACACAAACUGUAAAUUUGUUAAUUGUUAUUACAAAAAAAAAAUUAAAUAAAUCUCGUGCCUUUGU